UUACGGGAAACUGAUACCAUUUGCUGCGGGGAAUGGUACUUUCGCGCCAUAUUUCUCUAGUUCCUGCUUAAGUAAGAAAUAGCUUUCGUUGCCCUUGGAAUUUGUUUCGUUGUGGUGGUGUGUGCGAGGUAGCUUGAGCGUGUGAGGUCUCGCUUCGGCAAGUCCAAAAUGUGGGCAGAGGCCUCCGGAUGGUUGGGGUAGUUCCAGCCUGACUGGCGACUGCAUUAUUUCUUCAUGGAAGCGUACAGUCUGCUGUGAGAUCGACUUGUGAGCAGUGUGUGCUGUAUACAAUAGUGAUGCGGACUCUACAUAUCGUCGAGUGUGUGUCGCUGCAUUGAUCGCACCAUGUGAAGAAAAAAAAAAAAAAAAGGAUGGAGAUAGCUCUGCGGUCGAAGAGCACGAUCAUGUUUAAAGCUCAGGUGUGGUGAAGCAUCGGGAUGGAUGAGGCGUUCCUGACGGACCUGCUCGAGUGCUCUGUCUGUCUUGAGCAGCUAGACAGCACAAGCAAAGUACUUCCUUGCCAGCACACCUUCUGCAGGCGCUGCCUGGAUGAGAUCGUUCACUCGCACAAGGAACUUCGUUGUCCGGAAUGCCGGAUACUGGUUGAGUGCUCAGUGGACGAGCUCCCACUCAACAUCCUUCUGGUUCGUCUUCUGGAGGGCAUCAAGAACAACCCACGACUUGGUGGCGGCAGCAGCAGUGGCGGCAGCCGGUCGCCUUCGGGUGCCCUCCUGGGCAGUUCCUCUCUCAUUGGCCAUGUGAGGCCCCUGCUGGCCAGCCAGCCUUUGUCAGCUAGUCCACGAGGGGACACCACCUUAGGUCGUGGCGAUGGGGUGCGCACUCUUGUCAAGCAACUGGUGCCGCAAAUGCCCUGUGCCAAAGCCCUCUACUCCUAUGAUGCCAAGGACCCAGGGGACUUGGCGUUCCGCAAGGGGGACAUAAUAGUUCUGCGCAAGCGAGUGGACCAGAACUGGUUCCACGGGGAGCUGGGCGGCAAACAAGGCUUUGUGCCAGCCAGCUAUGUCCAAGUGGUGGUGCCCCUGCCAUCUCAUAUCCCUCAGUGCAAAGCCCUCUACGACUUCCGCAUGGGUGACAACGAUGAGAAGGAUUGCCUGACGUUCCUCAAGGGUGAUGUUAUUACUGUGAUUCGGAGGGUGGACGAAAAUUGGGCUGAAGGAAAACUGGGAGACCGAAUUGGAAUCUUCCCGAUAUCGUUUGUUGAGAUGAAUGCAGCUGGAAAGGCGCUAAUGAAGCUGUCUAACAAUGUUCAAGUGGGUCCUUCGAGAGUUGCCCCUCCAACGCCCAAUUCUGAAGCGCCAAGCCAAACAGUCAUUCCAGCUGGUAGCACUCCAUCAGCUGGCGAAUCUCAGUCAAGCACAACAUCUCCCGCAUCAUCAUCCCCGAGCCCUGGCACGCCACCAUCCACAUCACCUCCACUGCCAGCAUGCCAGCCCAGAGAAAAGCGGCACUCACUCUCUGCCAUCAACCCGCCAGCUUCAAGCAAUGGAAGCAAUCCUCAGGCUCCCCAUCGGCAUUCGAUGGAGGUGCUGAACACAUGCACUGAGGUCGCAUCACAGCCCAGCUCACCGCCCCAGGGGCAGGCAGCCUCUCCAAGCAGGAUUCCCACAGCAUCGUCAAAGCCGGCCCCCGUGACAUCUCAAGGGUCAGCAGGUGAGCCGUCGUCUGCACGGGUGGUGCGUCGACACAGUGGACGCAAGGAACGAGAUGUGUCUUCUAUAAAUCCGCCAGGAAUACCCUUGCCACCGCCAGAACAGCCAGCAACCCUGCUGGCACCUUUGACUCAGCAGCAGCCAAUGCAACCAGCACAACAUGCCACUAUUGCUUCAUUUUACGUGGCUCUCUACAGCUACAAACCACAAAAAGAAGACGAGCUGGAACUACGCAAGAAUGAGCUUUACUCAGUGACAGAGAAGUGCCAGGAUGGCUGGUUCAAAGGCACCUCACUGCGCACGGGCCUCUCAGGAGUUUUUCCCGGAAACUAUGUUCAGCCAGCCAAGUCAUCGAGUAGUGGCUUUUCGUCAGCACUGCUGCCCCUACCACAGCAGCAGCCACAACACCAGCAGCAGCAGCAGCAGCAGCAGCAGCAACAGCAGCAGCAGCAUCAGCAGAUGGGUACACGAAUUCCUGCCCCCAGCUCACCUCGCCCACGGUUGUGCGCACCGCAGCAGGUACCUAUGGUUCCUGGUGGACCACCUCCUUUCCUCGGCGGGCAGGGCUCCAGCCCCCUGCUUGCUGAGUGGGCCUUGGUGGCUCCGCCACAGAGGACUCCACUUACCACGACCCCAAGUCCCUUGGGACACAAACCACCGGUGAGCCAUGGCCCUGUGGCCCUGCAGAUGCAGCAGCUGGGCGUGGCCAAGGCAGUGGCUGUCACCACAGGGAGCCCUGCUUCUUCCCAGGCUUCCUCGGGGAGUGCUGGCCCCACUGGCGGCCAUUGGUUGCUCGCGUGGCCUCCCUCUUCGGUUUCUUCUUAUGGGUCAGGCAGCGGUGCCUCCACGUGGGUGCCUGCGUGUGCUACGCCCACUCGCAACCCCGCUGUUGCCGUCACGACCUCUGUGGGCGCCGGCAGUGGCAGCACCCAGGCCAGCAGUGCUGGCGGGGUGGCCACAUCCAAUACGCCCGGCUGCUCCAGCUCAUCUGCGACCGCCACCUCCUCCAGUGCCCUGGCUCCAUCUGCUUCAGCGACGCGUCUGGAAAAGCAGAAGGAGCGCAAGGAAAAGGAGAAGAUAAGCCUGAUGAAGCGGCUCACAGCCAAGCGCAGAUCACGCUCACCUCCUCCACCCAAUUUUUCUUGCGACAACCCGAGUUUCGUGGACAGCUCAGCAGCAGCGGGCCAGCCCUCUCUGCAACCACCCAGUGCUGUGCCUGUCGUGCACAUCAGGUCUGGCUCGUGUCCGAGUGAGGUUUUAGGCAACCAGCAGGCACUGCACAAGAAGACCAGCUCCCUGGAUGGAAACGACAGCCUCAAGGCGAGGCCCAAGCAGCCUGCUCCUCUUGUGAGGGAAAGGUUUCGCUGCAUUGUGCCUUACCCUCCGAACAGCGAGUAUGAGCUCGAGCUCAAGCAGGGAGACGUCGUGUAUGUGCACAAGAAGCGGGAGGAUGGCUGGUUCAAAGGCACGCUGCAGAGGACGGGAAAGACUGGACUCUUCCCUGGCAGCUUUGUUGAGAGCUUCUGAGACACCCCACCUGCACCUCAUCUGUUCAUCUACCUGCAGUCUCACUUCCUAGGCACACACAUCAAGGACCUUGAUUAUGGUACAGGCGGCAGGGCAGUCGCUGACAAAUCUUCUGGUGUCUUCCGGUGGUAUUGCAGUACUGGGUUGGGCUAGUCGGCACAUCACCUUGUGGGAAAACAGCACAACCACAGGUCAUAAGAAGCAACACAAGGGCAGGGUUUGGUUAUUUUGGGUUUAGGAAGUAUGGAGAGCACUGUGUAAAAGGUUUGCACGACACCAAAUAUGUGACUGCAAUAGUUUCUAGUCACAUUCAAUGAGUCUUCCAUAGCACCCAGUGCACUUAGACGGUUCUCAAACUGUUGCGUUAAGGUUGCAGGAUCGAAUCCCGGCCACGGUGGCCGCAUUUCAAUGGGGGUGAAAUGCAAAAACACCCGUGUACUUAGAUUUAGGUGCACGUUAAAGAACCCCAGGUGGUUGAAAUUUCCGGAGUCCUCCACUAUGGCGUGCCUCAAAAUCAGAAAGUGGUUUUGGCACGUAAAACGCCAUUUUUUUUAACUGUUAAGUUAGUUGACCUGGAACACUUACCUUUUCUCCUUUGGGCUAGAAAAUUUGCAUUGCACCACUCAGUCUGGAGUAAGUUUCACUGGUCAAUCUGGAUAAACUCUCUGUGCAGCGAAGCACUCUUGCUCAGCUUGUUGUCAGGGCAAUUAGCUGGAAAUUCAAAGGCACGGCAUUUCCACCUGCUGAGGGAUGAGUCCAUAUGGAUUUAGUGCUUUGUGUAAGCAUUGCGAUUCAACUCUGUGCUUUCUUUUUGCUUUAUGAGUUCAUCUUUUGCCAGUGUGGUGCUCAGUUAGUACUUCAAGGAAGCACCUAGAGGCUCCUUGCACGAAACUGUGACUAAAAAAAUUUAAGAUAGCAGGUUAUGGUCUGUUUUGCACAUAAUGCCACUGACAUAUGUACAGUCGAAGCUCAAUAAUCCGAACUUGAAGGGGCCCAAAAAUUUGUUCGAAUUAAAAGAAUUUCGAAUUUAAGGAAGCUAAUUUAAUGGAGGAAUUACCUGCAGUGGUGCAUGUGCACUGAGCUAAGACAUGGGUGGGAAGAACCACAAGAUUUAUUCGCACAUAUUUACAAAUUAGUCAUUUAUUAGGCAGAUCGGUGCUCGAACUGUGAUAGGAGAUGGCAGGUGCACGCGGUUUAAUUAAAGGAAAUGCAUCAUGUCGUGACAAUUGCCCCUUCAAUCUUUUGGUAUACUUCAGUGCGUAAGAGUGCUGUAUUGGGGCGAAGUUGACUUUAGGGAACCGAUAUUAUGCAAUGCGCCAUGCUUCGUGCUCUCCGAAGCCAUUGGCGAGUAUCACGAAGGCGGAGUCGGCGCCAAUUCCAACAGCAGCAGCGAAUUGCUUCAAUGUGAAACACGGCACCGAACAGCAAAAAGUUUGGUAGCGAACGCCAAAGUAGCUAGUUCUAGUGUUGCUGCGGUGUGGCUACAGCUGCCAGCGGAUCUGCGUGCGGGAGCGCCGGCUCGAGGCGGCGCGAUAAUCAAAAUGGUCGUGGUGGAGGCUUCGAAUAAUGCCAUUUCAGACCUGUGGUCAUGGCAAAAAGUCCAGAAAACCGGAUGGCGAAGGUUUUUUUGCGUUUGAAAUUUCAGACGUUCUUUUGCAUUGACUCUGUGGGGCACACGGCGGUGCGGCAGCGCUUACACAAGUCACUAACAGAAGCAAUCGGUUAUGCGUGCCUGCACAGAAAUUUCCGCCACGUUUCUUUUUAUUAUUAUUAUUAUUUAUUUUCUGCGCAACGUUAAGGAGUCUCUCCUAAGCUCUUCCUCUAUGGCGGGGUCAGAGGAAUGCUGGUCGGAGGCGCCGCCGCGUGAUUUUGCACACUGCUAAGAGCAUUGUCGGAGCACAGUAUGCUCAAAUUAACCGUUGCAAAUACUUGCACGUUCGAAUUACCGGGCGUUUUCACCCAUUGGAAUACACAUAACUUUGACAGUACCACAGCGCAAGUUCGAUUUAAGCGUGUUCAAAUUAACGCGAUUUGACUGCACGUUAUUCAUCAAUCAUUGCUUUAGAUCUAUAUUGGCAAGCUUGCACUAGCUACUAUAACUUAAAAGACAAAAUUACACGAAUAAGUGAAAUUAAUUAAGUAUAGCUUCCUCUCGCUAGUAAAAUUUUGUGUGAUAACACUUCUCAAAGGCACAUAUGACAAAAAAAGGCUUUCUGAAUCGGUGCAAACACCAAGUAUAACUUAGUACAAUAGAACCUUGCUAUUUGCCAUGAGAUGAAACUACAGGAGGCAGCACUGUUGCCGCAUUAAUGGGGACAGGCGGUCGACGGCGUGCAUUGAAAUGUAUGUGGCCGCAUUCCAUUGUGAACUAUUUGGCCAAAUUUGCCGCUAGUUAUACGUGUUGACUGCAGUAAACUGAUCUUAUAUUGCCCUCCGAUGCCACAUUCUUGCGCAAAAUGCCCAGGGCCAUCAUAUUUACUUAAAAGCAGUGCAAACUGCCAUGAAAAAGGGACUGGCACUCAGCCACAUGGUCAUUGUUUUGGCACUUUCUUAGGGCUUUUUUGUGUAUACUUCGCUUGCAUUCCACAUACUCUGUUAACAUUGUUGCAUGUGCAAGUUAUUUAAUACAGCAUUCUCUGCGAAUGUUGCAGGGGUGUAAAAAAUUAUAUUCCUGUACAACAAAGGUGAAGUAGCAAGUUAAUGCGCACUCUAAAUUACCAAAUAUACACAUACAUAUCUGUUUCUUUUCUUUUCUUUUUUUUUUUAGCAGUUAAUGAGUUCAGCUAAGCAAGCAGGUCACUAAGUGAUCCGCUAGUGUACUGCUACAAAGUGGCAGUACACUAGUAGGAUGAUCAGGUUUCUUCAGACAUUUUUUUUAUCGCCCUCACACGGUUUCACACUCGACAGCGAUGCUGCAAAUUUAUUAUUAUUUGAGAAGCUAAAAUCAUCAGGUUGUUUUAUUUCAGCUGAUAGUGACCAGUUUUUUGUGAAGCUAACAAUGCUACAUUGACUAGCGAAAAGAGAUUAUAAUAGCCACCUUUCAGCUCUGUGUGAUGACGUGCUGUGUCUAUAGAGUGCUGCAUCACACAUGAUCCUCAUAUAACACCCUAGUUUAGCUUCCAUUUUGUAGUAGCGAAUUGGAGUACAAAAAUCCACGAUUUAAUUGCAAGGCAAUAUGAAUUCACCAUAGUUGCAUCAGAUCCACAUAUUAAAGGAACACAUCUGGUUGCGUAACAAUUCAGCGAGGGCCUUGCAAUUAUUGCAAUGCAUUUGUCGUACUAUGAAGCGUAGGAAUUUAUAUGAAUACAUGCAUAAUAUUCUUUUUUUUUCUACUGCUGAUUGAUGCAUGUUUCAUGGUAUCACAGAGAUUGCAGAGUGAUCAAUACAUCGUGACAAGUUAAUAAAAUGUGACAUUCACGUCUCGCCGCUAGCAUUCUAUUUGUUUAAAACAAGCUAAAAUUAUUUUUGUGAUGUAAUCUAAACACCAACCGAUUAUAAAAUUGAUAUGCUUGUGGUAAGUGAAGGGUGUGACAAUCACACAUCAUGCGCUUGACACAGGCAGUCGCUGUUCUCACUACAGCAUAAAAACGACAGCGCAAGACUAAAUGCUUUUGAACACUGUCAAAAUAUGCACACCAGCAUUUACGACUGUUCUACAAUGCCGAAAGAAACAGCAUUUAAGGAUAUUCACGCCACGUAGGGCCUAACAGACGACACGUGGUGUAAUCCACAUUAUCCAUGGUUUUGCCAGUGCCCACCAGGUGGCGACUCUGCUUGAUCUCGUGGCCAAUAAUGAAGUUGCAUCCAACACAAGAAUGCAUUCACUUUAUCCCAUAUUUGCUAUAAGCAUAUAUUCAUUAAAUGCUUCAUAUCCGUGUUUACUAUAUCAAGGUUGGACUGUAUUACAAGUAGAGCAGAUGACAGAAGUCUUGGCAUAGAAACCACCCUGAUGUUUUGAUAAUCAGACACAUAGACAAAGCGGCUAUUAGUGUUUCUAGAACAGACCACAUGUUGUACCUUCCUCGACUGCCCAGUACAGAGCGGUUUGUUUUGCUCUGACGCAUUCAGAUUUGUGAAGCCUAAAGGAUUGCUUAAAGAUUUAGUGGACUAAUCCAGAUUGACCAGUGGUAUUCAACGUGCGACUUGUGCGUACCCUUAGGCCUGCGAGAGUGCCCAGAGAAGCAAGUCUGGGAAGACCACUCCAUAGGUACACCCUUUUGGUAGGCAUCAGCCUCAAGGUUUUUCCAGUUGUCUGGGAAAGUACAGGAUUCUGUCUUUCCCAAAGCCUUGUGGAAGUAGGCUCUGAUAUCCUGGAGAGCUCCACCGACAGAGUAUAUUGCAAUCACCACCACAGUGUUGAAUGUCUUACUCUACAUAUGCUCUGAUGUCAUUAAGUUGAGGCCAAACAGCACUGUCUUCGCAUGGAGCCUUCAAAAUCAUACCACCUGUGAAUAGCUCAGAGUCCAUGAUAAAUAACUGCAAGUUAAACAGUUUCUCAGGAGAUUCGGUGUGCCACGGGUGCUAUGAGAGACCCAUUGUGUGGCCAAGUUAUGGUCGCAGCUGCUUAUUUGGUGCCUUGGAAGUUUUUUGACACAAAAGGAUAUGCAUUUUAGAGGUGAGUCAUUAAAAAAAAAAAAAACAUCUGUUUGAGGUCUUUAAAUUGGGUGUUUCGGUCCUCCAAAAUGCAUAAUCUGUGCUCUUGCAAGUUGAGAUGUUUCUGAACUUGGUGUUUACGUUGUUCAUUUUAUCGUUUGCCCCCAUGGUUAUGCUGACUUCCUAAUCUUUCGGUGUUUAUUCCAGUCGUUUGCUGCCCCCCUCCCCACCUCACUCACAGUCUUAAGUUUCUUUAGUAUGUUGAGGUCACAAAACAGCAAAGAAAUUCCAUGAGCAGUAGCGUUUCUUGUUGUGCGAGUUGGUAUGUGCUUGUGAAUGAACAGGGAAUUGGCAAACAGGUGCUUACACAAUGGAAAAAAAAUGGAGGGAAGAAGUCCAGUGCUCAUUCAGUUCAAUUUUUUUGUGUAAGUUUCUAUUCGCUGGUUUCUUUUUCAUUCCAAUAACAAUGUUUUGUGUAGUCAUGCCUUCAAAGCUCUGAUAUUUCUUGCUCACUCAUUCUUGCUUUACCAAAUGAGCAAUGUUGCAUGUUCCUAUAUUUCAUUGCAUUUUGGGUAUCAGCUUUAUGUGCGUACAAUCCACACACGCACUUGCUGUGUGACAUUAUUAGUGCAGUGAUAGUAAAUCAAGUUUCUUGUCUGGGUCAUAUUGCCAUGGGUACGAAGUGCUGUAUUCCACUCAUAGUGUCCUUGUGUGUUAAGCAAAAAAGGAAAAAUUAAGUUACGCCAACACUGAGGCAGGAUAAGCAUGCGACAGUCCAAAAUAUAAUCUUCUGGUUAAUAUGCAGUAAAAUUUUGUCAACUCAAGCAGAGAGGGUGAAAAAUUAUGAUUAGCUUGCAGUACAGCAGGUAUAGUAGGCAAGAAAUUACUUUGUAAAGGAACAAGGUCAUCUGCGGGAAAUGCUAAUUGAAAAAAUUUGAGAAAACAUUUAGCCAUUCUUCUGCAAUCUCCUGAAUCAUUGCCGGAUAUCUGGCAUUGCAAGCUUUAUUUUUAAAUUGCUCCUUACCAACACGCAAUCUCAAUAUCGUUGCUGCGUGCAUUUGCCGCCUGGAGAUCAAAGGCCAUCAUUUACAUGACAAGCGAGGUCGCGGGAUCGAAUCCCGGCCACGGCGGCCGCAUUUCGAUGGGGGCGAAAUGCGAAAACACCCGUGUGCUUAGAUUUAGGUGCACGUUAAAGAACCCCAGGUGGUCAAAAUUUCCGGAGUCCUCCACUACGGCGUGCCUCAUAAUCAGAAAGUGGUUUUGGCACGUAAAACCCCAAAUAUUAUUAUUAUAUUUACAUGACAAGCACAUGUCCCAAAGCUGCGGAUGAGCAGUGGACAACGCAAUAAAUGCAGCUUCCAUUUGAGUUGUCUGGUUGUGGUAACGAUAUCCAGUGUGCCCAUUUCAGAACUUUCUAGUUUGAUGUCGAAUGCUUCGAAAUGUAGUUAUGGUUGAAUGUUCUGGCAAGCUCACAUUACCCAAAGAUCAACAUUACAAGACCCAGUAGCCGCUACUAUAUUGUGCAUGAAUAUUGUGGCUUAAAUGAACAUUACCAUUUCUAGGUAACGAAACACUUUUAUUUUCAACAACUUAGGGAUUCUCCAAAGCAUAAAUCCUGUGCUACUAAUGACAGCACUGGUUGUAACUGAUACGAAGAUAACAUACAAGCCAUGCAUGUCAGUACUUAACAGUUGCGUGGAACAACAUCCUUAGACUGCCUUGUGCAACCCACACACAGUGGCUUCUACAUGUAUCUGCAGAUUUGAAAACUGGUUGUGCUGCAAUUAAGUUUGAAAAUGGCACUGCGGGAAAAUUAGCUUUACAGUGAUGGAUUAUGAUGUACAAAAAUGUGCAAGUCAGCUGUCCUUUACAGCUAUAUUUUAACCGAAAACAGGAUCCACAUCUGCACUCUCUUUCAUAAAGAAAAGAGAAUGCCAUCACUGGCUGUGUAGAUGUGGUGGUGUGGGUACUGAAGCAAGGUCCUGCAGGCAAGCCAACUUCUAGAAUUUUCCAAAUUGUCCAUGAGAAAGAAACCUUUCACUGAGAGCUUGUACACUGAUUGCUUAUCAGUGAUAUCAAUUUUCUUUACAUACGUGACCCAUGCUGAAGCAGCCUGCACUACUACCAAGUGAAUGUAGUGGUGUGCCCCCUGAUGACCCUCUCGAGUCCCAAUGCGUGAUGCCGUAUUGCAUUUAAUGCAGAAUCUAAGCACAGUUAGUGCUCUCUGUUGUAUUCUUCCAUGUGGAAUGCGAAGAUGAGAGCAAUAAGGAGCUUGAAAGCAGAGUGCGAGUCUUUUCUUUUUUUCUUUGUAGAAGGACUUCAGGGUUAUGCUGAAAAGAAAAAAAGAUGUUCUGUAACAUACAACCUUCUCUGUACAUAGCGGUCACAAUAUUGACGAAUCUCUAGGUGUUUUAAAUGCACCUCGAACCUGACAUUGCCCUUUUACGUAGCACACACACACAUACACACAUGGAGACCUAAUGCUGGUGCUUGUAAAUGCGUACUCUGUAAAUAACUUCAGAAAUCUUGGUGUUUUAACGACCCAGUAGAGCACCAGAGAAAUUUUUUUUUUCUCUUCUACUUGUUGUAUUUAUUGUUCCCUUACUUCAAGCUUUUACUGCCAUGCUUGUUUCCAGUGUCAGGUACUACAACCGCUCAGUCCUGGACUGUCAUGUUUGUUUGCAUUUGUUUGCAGUGAUGUUUACCAUGGAGUCUUGAAUCUUGAGAUGCCUCGUACUCAUUUUAAGGUGCAUGUUUAGUUGUCACUAAUGUUCAGUGCCUUGUUCUGUUUAUCACUGUGGCAUAGACGUGUUAUCAAAAUGCCUUGCUGUAUGUUUCGCAAUGUCAGCUAGGAGCAUGUGGUCGUGCCUCAUUUGUUCUUUUCCGGCAGAAACAUUUUCUUAGAAUUGCCUGGAGGGAAAGGUGGUGCUACAGUGUGCACAGAAUUUCUAGGAUUUCAGAUUUUCAUCUUUCUCAAAGAGUCGGGACAUCUUGUAGGUGACUAUUGUUGCAUCUGUUAUGAUAAUUCAGUUCCCUACUAAAGCAGUGUGUGAGGUGCUGGUUUUGUUGCAUGACUGUGGGCAAUUUAUGAUUAGAACACAAUGAUGCCCACCAUCGAGCCUGUCAUGCAUAGAAGCCGAAUGUCAGGAGACGCAAUAAUUGUGCAGGGAAGAAAAACAUAAUGGGAUGCGAGACCAUUGAGAAUCUCCACAACAGUGUAAUGAAAUUCUGACAGCACGAUCUUUCGGUUGGAGAAUUGAAAGAAAGACAAGAGCGCCUGUACCAAAUGUAUUGCAGUACCAAUUAUGUGUGUGUCUGUUUCCUUCGUUUUUUUGUCAUGUGAGCAAGUGAUGAGUAGGAUUGUAUUUCUGAAAAACUAAGGCUUGUUAUUAAUCCAAAGUUUUCUUUGCACUGGCAUGGUUAUGUUUCAAGACAAACUAUGUUCAAGACAAGCUGAACAUUUUAUAUAUUGG